GGAUUCUAAUGUAUUUUCUUAAAUGAUUCUAGCAAUUGAGCUGCUGGUCAUGACUGAGGGUGUUCAACCGCUUGAUUUACAUGAGUUUCACACGUUUAUAGAUACUGGCUUGCAAAUGUGAGGAGUGCAAAUGUUAUAGGGUACCUAACAGAUGUUUAACCAAAUGUCUGCAGAUGGCUGGCACUGCAUAUCUUAAUACUUUCAUUAAUCCUGCAUGUUAAGAAAUUACAUGCAAAGCUUAUGUAAAUUCUAUUGAAAUGUAUAGUAGCUGUACUACAGGCUGAAACAGAGUUUUGACCUUACAUCAAGUACUGUGGUUUCGUAGUGGACAUUUCUUCAGCAAUGGGCUGUAAAAACUGCUGUAAUGCUUGUCUCCAGUGUCUCUUUGGCUAUGAAACCAAUGUAAUGCUGGUUAUUAAUAACAAAGGUGUUGGAGCCCUCUUCAGACUGAUCCAGUUUUUGAUCAUUACCUAUGUUGCUGUAUAUGUCUGCUGGAUUCAGCGCGCUUACCAGGACACCGACUCAGUGAUCAGCUCGGUCAGCACAAAGGUGAAAGGAAAUAUUUUGACCAAUUCACCCAUUGAGGGGGUUCAUGUUUGGGACGUACCUGAAUAUGUUAUCCCACCCCAGGGAGAAAACACUUUCUUUGUGUUAACAAAUGUGAUUCUGACUCCAGGCCAGAGACAGAGCAAGUGUCCUGAGAUUCCGAGUGAAGUCACUAAGUGUGAAUCUGACAGUGAUUGCAAAGAAGGAUACAAUGAAGUCCAUGGCAAUGGUGUUCAGACUGGACAUUGUGUGCAGUACUCUGAUACGAUCAAAACCUGUGAGGUGCAGGCAUGGUGUCCGCCUGAAAAUGACGCCAAUAUUCCAAAACCUGCUGUUCUAGGUGCAGCAGAGGACUUUACAGUGCUCAUCAAAAACAACAUACAAUAUCCAAAGUUCAAAUUUAGAAAGCGAAACAUUCUGCCUCACAUCAACUCCACAUAUUUAAAAAGCUGCAUGUUUAAUCGUGAAACAGACCCAGACUGUCCUAUUUUUCGUCUGGGGAACAUGGUAACUGAAGCAGGAGAGGACUUCAGCGUCAUGGCUCUUAAAGGUGGCAUUAUUGGGAUUUUCAUUGACUGGAAUUGUGACUUGGACUUCUCGGAACGUUUCUGCAUUCCCAAGUAUUCUUUUAGCAGACUGGACAACAAAAAUCCUGAAAAUAAUGUUGCCCCUGGCUACAAUUUCCGAUUUGCAAAGUAUUAUAAAAACAAUGAAAGCAUUGACACACGGACAUUGAUAAAGGCCUUUGGAAUCCGCUUUGAUGUCAUUGUGUUUGGGAUGGCUGGUAAAUUCAAUAUUGUGCCCACUAUUGUCAAUCUUGGUGCCACUCUUGCCUUUCUCAGUUUGACGGCUGCUGUUUGUGACUGGGUCAUGCUUACUUGUAUGAAAGAUCGUGACAACUAUGCCAAACAUAAAUUCAUUCAUCUGAACCAAAAUGGUGACAGUAUGCCACUGAGCUCCAUGGAGACAAGCUCAUAUGGGACUCCAUGAUGGAGUGAACUGGACACUUUCACCGCACUUAAAACCAGUAAAACACAAUAUAUUCUUGUAUAUAUCCUAUAUAUACACACUACUUCAAAUGUUUGGGGCUGGUAAGCUUGUUUAAAGAAGUCUCCUAGUCACCAUUUUUGCAUUUAUUUAAUAAAAAAAAUACAGUAAAUAUUAUCACAAUAUAAAAUAACUGUUUUCUACUAUACAUUUAAAAUGUAACUUUUUCCUAUGAUGGCAAUACUUUU